GGCCGAGUGGUUAAGGCGUGUGCCUGCUAAGUACAUGGGGUUUCCCCGCGAGAGUUCGAAUCUCUCAGGCGACGAGAUUUGUUUUGUAAUUUUUUUUCUCCUUGGAUAGACUAUGGCGACGAAGGCGAUAGCUGCUAUGGCGCUCGGCUCACUCUCGCCCUCGCUCCGCUCUAACGCGCCCAUUGCCAUGGCGUCCAUGGCAGAGCCCAAGUGGAAGCAAAAGGUGGCUGCCGCAGAGGAGAACAUAGAAAGAAUCAAGAGAGAAACUCUACAGGCUCAAGAAGAGUAUAAGAGACGGCAACUACAAACGCAGGGACGUGAGCUAGCAUCAUCUAAAGAACUCGUUUCUCUGGAGGACUUGGAAUUUCUUCCGUAUCUCACGGAAGACGGGAUGAUUCUCGAUUGUAGCCAAGCUGAUGCAAAAGCCAGUGUCUACGCUGUUUUCGACGAGAACAAGGUCAUAAACUACAUUGGAAUCUCAAGGCAGAUCCAUCCGAGCAUGAGGCUACACUUUGCUCGAGUUCCACAAAAGUGCUAUUUUGUCAAAGUCUAUCACGUAACCAAGCCAAGCCGGUCCAUUUUGGAGCUCACCAGGAACAAGUGGAUGGCCGAAAGUCCAGUUCCUCCACCCGGAAACACCGAUAGCGAGCAGCAAAACAUCUGGGAGAAUCCACUGGAUUGCAAGCCUCUAAUGACAGACGAGGAGAUCAAACUCCACGAAGAAGCAGGCCAGGGACCUCCCAAAGCCAAGGUUCUCAAAAACGUAGCCAGGCGGAUCGAAAAGUCUCUGGUGGCGAGCUUCGACAGUAGAAACUGCAAAGAGACACUGAGAUUCGACCCAAAGUUGAAGGAACAAGGUCUGCUCGACUUGAAAAACGAGCCAAAGAAGCCAGACACGUCCAUACCAUCGACAAAGCUCAAAUAAACAAAGAAAAGGAGAGGAGGAAGACGAAGAAGAAGACAAGCUUGCUACAGCAACUUAAGUUUGGAGGAAACUUUUUCUAAGAAUUUUUUCCUAGCUAGGAGGAGUCAAUCGUGGCAUGGAGAUUAAGAUUCGAGCUGGAGGUCCCAGCCACCAACACUGAAGUUGGCAUCACAGCCAUUUUACAAUGUUUUUCCUCCUUUUUGACUGAGCAAUGGUGGAAUUUCAACCUC